UCUGUGCUGAUCUGGCAAACAUGGCUGUACCAAACCCUGCAUGGUCAGGCAGGAACAAGCUGCCAGUAGGUUGGCUCUCAGAACAAACCAUGCGGAGAGAGGUUUCCAACAAUGUCAUUUCUGCACAGGCUAGAAAUGCGUUUGGGACAGGCUACAUCCCAAAGUCUACAACAUUCCUCCAUACCGUGGACCAACGAGGGUUAAGACACGAGUCAAAGAGACUCGAAACAUUCGCAGACUGGCCCCAGCCCUCCCCUGUCAAGCCUGACGACCUGGCGGCAGCUGGAUUCUUCUACACCGGCAAAGGUGACAACGUGCAGUGUUUCAUCUGUGGCAAUGUGAUGAGGCAUUGGAAGGAGGGGGAUGACCCAGUAUUAAAACACUUCUACGAGUUCCCAGACUGCGAGUUCAUGCUGGGUUACGGAGUUGGGAACGUCCCGGCAUCAUUGGCGCUAGAAUCCCGACAGGAGACAGUCCCCACACAAGAGAGUGAACUUGAGAGACUGAGGGAGGAAAGAAUGUGUAAAAUCUGUAUGGAAGAGGAGAUGGAGAUAGUGUUUGUGCCAUGUGGACACUUUGCAGUGUGUCAGAACUGCUCUGCCAGCCUUCGCUGCUGCCCUAUGUGCAGGAAAAACAUUGAUGGAACCGUUAGAGCAUACAUGUCUUGAACUGCCAUAACGGUCAUGUCCUUAUGGCACAUACCUCUCCCUGCUUCUUCUUCUUUGCUGCAUGGCAGCUUCCAAUGAUACCUGCCAGCAUAGCCUGCCACUUCUCUUCCAUCCAUUGCUUGUGUCCUUGCUCUGUCCUACAUAUAAUGUGUACAGGGUUGGGCAAGUCCACUUACCUGAUUAUCCCAGGCAAGUGAAAGUGCCUUUCAGGCUCACUUUUGUAAAUAAAAAUCUGAAAGACAAAGUU